AUGGCAUCGUUGCGUUGGUUCCUCGAGAGAUUGCUGGCCUUGGCGGAAACCCUUCACGUCAUCCUUCCAGCCGAAGAUGAUGACAUCUCCUCUCUCAAGGUCGCUGGGUGCAUCCGAGCCCAGCUACUUUUACAACGGGACAGGGCGCAGGGCAGUCCCUCGGGUGGCGAGGAGCCCAGCGGCGGCUCCUGCUCCGGCUCCUGCUCCGGCUCCUGCUCCGGCUCCUGCUCCUGCUCCGGCUCCUGCUCCGGCUCCUGCUCCGGCUCCUGCUUCGGCUCCUGCUCCGGCUCCGACUCCUGCUCCGGCUCCGGCUCCGGCUCCUGCUCCGGCUCCUGCUCCGGCUCCUGCUCCGGCUCCUGCUCCGGCUCCUGCUCCACGUCCUCCUCCACCCGGCGUGGCGGCUCCCACCGGGGCGAGGCGCCGCGAGUCCCCAAGUCGCCGCCGCUGUCUCCAUCCUCGGCGCUCAAGGGGUCAGAGUCCACGUGCGGGCGCCUCGCUCUGCCCCACACAUCGACAACAACAACAACCACCACGAUGUCCGAGUCGGAGUUCGAGGUGGGGGACGAGCUUCUGGACCUUCUGCUGGAGCGUCCGUGCCCAGCGGUGGGGCCCAUGGGCGGCCCGCUGGGAGGCCCGAGAGCUGCCCAGAUGGGGGCCCCGUGCGCCCCUCGGUCGUCGGCCUUCUUUCCCGGGCCGCUGGGCGGCCUGCUGACGCAGCAGGGCAAGGCGAGCGAGUCCGAGCCGUGGGGCCUGGAGGAUGUCCUGGCCCUGACGGAGGACGCGCAGGACGACCUCCUGCAGAGCUUCGUGAUGGACGACGCCGCGCUGCAGAUGCUGCGCGCGCCCGGCACCCCGUUCCGCUCGCCCUCCUCGCUCUGCUCUUCCACCCCGUUCCCCUCGCCCGCCUCGCUCUCCUCGCCGCCGUCGCCCGUUCCGCUCGCGUCGCCCUCGGCCAGCGACAGCGGCGUCUCGGAGGGGGGCGGCCCCACGAGCCCGUACGCGGGCGUGCGGGGAGCCGCCUCCCACGCGGGGCCGCACGCGGCGAGGCCCUGGGCCUCCUUCCCCCCGGAGGCCCCCAGCCCCGGCGGCUCCAGCUCCGGAGGAGGCUCCGGCGGCGGCUCCGGCGGCGGCGGGAGCCGCUCGCUCUCGAGCUCGGACGACGUGGCCAUCGAUUUCGACGGCUGGGACGAGCCGGGCAUGGUGGCGGCCCCCAGCGUGGUGCGUGCCCUCCCGGCCCUCACCGCCGCCCUGCGCUCCUCGCGCCAGCUGCUGCACCGACUCACGGGCGCCGGCCACAGCGAGCACGACGUGCAGACCAUGGAGGUGGCGCUCACGGACGAGGAGCGCAAGCUGCUGAUGCAGGAGGGGAUGCCGAUGCCCGCGCACCUGCCUCUCACCAAGGUGGAGGAGCGGGUGCUGAAGCGCGUGCGGCGCAAGAUCCGGAACAAGCAGUCGGCACAGGAGAGCAGGCGGCGCAAGAAGGAGUACGUGGACGGCCUCGAGAGCAGGGUGUCUACAUGCACCGUUCACAACCAUGAGCUCCAGCGGAAGAUGCAGCAGCUGGAGAAGCAGAAUCUGUCCCUGUUGACGCAGCUGAGGCAUCUGCAGUCCCUAAUGAAGCAAGGCUCGGCCAAGGCAGCGCAGACUGGCACCUGCGUCAUGGUGUUCCUGCUGUCGUUCGCCCUCAUCCUCUACCCCAGCUGCGGCCCCUCCUCUCCUGCCACCUCCGCGCCCGCCACCUACCGCCCACAAGGAGUGCUGUCCAGGUCACUGAUGGACGCCGACGCGGCCAGAGUCGUCGCCCCCACGGACGACCCCUAUGGGGCCUCCCCAGGGCCUCCCAUCCCGCCCAUCGCCCUGGCCGCUCCCAGCUGCCCGGCCCAGCCCGAGGCCGCGAUCGGAGUCGCGGCGGAGGCCGCGAUCGGAGUCGCGGCGGAGGCCGCGAUCGGAGUCGCGGCAUCCGAGAAGGUCCCUGGCCCAGUGGCCUCUGGCCCCAGGAGGAGACUCGACCAGAUCCAGCGCAAGGAGAGAGAGGAGGAGGAGAUGAGCAGGAGGCACGGGGCCCCCGGAGGCACGGGGCCCAGGAACCGGACGGCGCCGGGCGCUGCUGGGGGACACGGGGAGCGCGGGCGUCCCUACCCGGGGCCCAGACUGGGGCCCAAGUCGGGGUCCCUCCUGGGAGGCCGUGGGCGGCCCCCGCUGCACGUGACGGCCGGGGAGAUGUAGGGAGACGGGAGUGGAGGCCACUAGAGAUCGGCCGAUGACGACUACGACGACGACGAUGAUGAUGGUGAUGAUGGUGAUGUUUGUAUUCCAUAGUGCAUUUUAUAGUAGUGCGUGUACAGGCGUUGAGUCGAUCAACUGCUGGAUGAGGGCCCACCCCAAGCCGUUAUUUGACCGUCCGCCAUCCCGCGAGGGAGCGGCAGGUUGGUGUUGAAGGCGGGGAGCGUAGAAUGUGAGAACGUACGAGUACAGCACAACAACUGGUUCUGCUGCACUACCUUCCGUUGUGCCGACUGCACAUAACCCUGCAGCCGCAGCAACAACAGCAACAA